AUGGAUCAAGUUAAACGACAAUUUACUUUUAGUCAAUCACCUGAACAAGCAAAAAAGAAAUUACGAAAUGAUUGUGAUCGAUCAAUAACUUGUAUUGAAAAUUUAGCUAAUGAAUUUUUCUAUGAAAUAUUUGAUUAUCUUAGUGGUUAUGAAAUAUAUAAAGGAUUUUCAAAUCUCAAUCAUUGUUUUCAACGACUUCUCAAUUCGUCAUCUCUUUUAUUUGAAAUUAAACUUACUAAUGCAACACAUGAUGAAACAUUGACGAAUAACUAUAGACAAUUUCUAUGUAGAGUAUGGGGUGUGGGUGUGUGGUUUGAAUAG